GUGGAUUAUGAUCGAGCACAGCUGGUUGUUAGCCCACCACUCUCUGGAUCGGACACCUACCCCAGGGGCCCAAUAAAGCUACCUCAAGGUCAGAGCAAAGUCAGCUAUUCAAGCAGCAGCUACCAGUACCCUCUGGUCUAUCACAAAGUGUCCCACUAUCACCAGCCAUCUCUCCAGCCCAGCUCUCCCUAUAUUUCCACUGCCUCCUACCCCAGCUCCCCAAGUAUCACAUCAAGUGCUUAUCCUCCACCCAGCUGGGGAUCCUCCUCAGACCAGCAGCCCUCCAGAGUGUCCCAUGAACAGUUCAGAGCUGCCCUGCAGCUUGUGGUCAGCCCCGGCGACCCCCAGGAGUACUUGGACAACUUCAUCAAGAUUGGGGAGGGCUCCACAGGGAUUGUCUGCAUCGCCACGGAGAAGCACACAGGAAAGCAAGUUGCCGUGAAGAAAAUGGAUCUCAGGAAACAGCAGAGAAGGGAGCUGCUCUUUAACGAGGUUGUGAUCAUGAGAGAUUACCAUCAUGAAAACGUGGUUGACAUGUACAACAGUUACCUGGUUGGUGAUGAGCUGUGGGUUGUGAUGGAGUUUCUGGAGGGCGGCGCUUUGACAGAUAUAGUGACUCACACGAG